CUAUAUAUAUAUAUAUUUCAUCAUUUCAUCACCCCCUCUUUAUAACCUCCCCGGCCCACUCUUUUUCUCCGGCAACCCACUAUCGUUUUUUGGUCCUGUCCACAUUCCAUCACCAUAAACUUCAUUACAUUUCAUUAUGUUUCAAAAGUAAUCAUUUCGACAAAAUACAAAAAGAAAAAAUAACAAAGAAAAAAGAUGGAUGGUAUUUCGAGUCGAGUGUACAAAGGAGUAAAAGGCUAUUGGCGAAGGAGACGUUACCAACGUCUCGGAAGAAACACACGAGACGAAUCGGGAUAUCGAAAGAAGCGGUUUUGGCAAAUAAAAAUAACCCGAAAGUUGAAACUAAGGCUGAAGCUGAAAUGCUCCCCAAAAAAGUUACUAAUAAAAAUGCGUGAUGGUUACGUGAGAAUGAUGAUGAGAGUGGCAAAUUCACCUGGGAUCAUCGGGAGCGUUGGUUAUGGAUAUAAUGAUAGAAUCUCUAGUUUUGGUGCAAGACCGGUUAAGGAAUAUGAUGAAAAAAUGAUCAUCGAGAUCUAUAAGGUUUUGGCUAUGAGACAAGCCCAUUUGGUACCGGUUGAACACUAGGUAAUCUUCAAUCUAUUGCAAUCUAGCCAAAAAUCAAAUAUAUUAUAAGUUAGUGAUGAAUUAUGCAAGGGCAAAUUGAUGCACUAAAUUUUUGUAACAUAAGUUCACGAUUUUGUGAAUUUGGUUAUGUGAAGUUGUGAAUCAAUUAAUUUUAUAAAAAUUUGUGAA